AUGGUCUCAGCCCAGCGAAGGCGACCCCACUCGCGGCUCGCACCUUGGCCCCGAUCCCCGGCAUCCCAGCUCCCAGCCAGGCAGAGGGAAGGAGCGGAACUUUCCAAGCGCAGCGAGAGACAGGGGAGAGGGGAGAGGGGAGGGCAGGGGCGAGGAAAAGACGGCGAGAGGAAGGUCUCUGGGCGGCCCCGGUUGGGUCCGACUCCCUCCUCGCAGGAUGGGGCUCUGCUCUUCGACGCUCUCGCCGUCCCCUCGGGAGCGCAAACUCCGCCCCAGAGCCGCUGCGCCCGGCCUGACCUCUUCGGCUGCAGGCGCUAUCGUGACCGUUUCGGAUGUCGGAACCGGAGAUUGCGGCUCCCUGCCUCGCCCUCCCUUUCCUUAGCCGGCAGCCCGCCAGGCCGCCCCCGGGAGAGAAGGCAUAAGGAGGAGGAUCUCCUCGCGCUCAGCCUAGCCAAAGAGUCCAAAUUUCUUGGACUGAUGGACACAAAAGGAGUGAGCCAAGCAGAAAAUAAAGGGAGCAAGUCACGGGUACAUUUUCAAGCAGAAAACAAAGCUUCGCAAGGGAAGGUUGGAGAACGCAAUUGGGAACAGUUUCCAGAAGAUCCUGGAGGAAACAGAUUAUCUGGACCCAUUUCAGUCAAGUUCCAGACAAUGAAGCUAAGCCACUUUUAUGAUGGCUCAGUUAAAACAAACACACAAAACCUAAAAUCACAUCCGCAUUGGGAUUUGCUGUAUCACAGAUGGGAAGUCAUUCUACAAGACCGGUCCCUCCAUGGAGAAAGUCCACCUUUGUGUCACUAACAGAUUAUAUUCCAAAGGGUUAUAGAUGUCAGGGGACGCGGUGGCACAGCGGCUUAAUGACACUGAA